AUGUCGAUAGAUCUCAGUUCUGACUCAACAAUAGAGAUGGUGGUGCAAGAUCGAAACUUGCCUGUGACCUCUCCAUCUCAUCAAAAUAGACGUGCGGGACGCAGCCAACAAGGUUCUUCCUCCUCUAAACUCAAAGGCUUGGUGCCACUGAAAGGUGGUAAGUGGGGGGCAAGGAUAUCCUAUAACUAUAAGCGAUACAGCCUCGGGACACAUGAAACAGAGAUCGAGGCAGCUAUAGCAUAUGAUAGAGCUGCGCUCAAGAUUCCGAGAGCUCAUUCCCUCAACUUCCACCGGAGUAAUUACACUAUCGAGGAGAGCACAUUCCAAAGUCAGCACUCAAUUGAGGAUAUUCUGAGUAUGUUGCAUGAUAAGACAUACACAUUCAUGCUUAGGAAUUUUAUUUUUCAGUAUUCAUCUAGUGUUAACUAUCAUGCAGAAAUCUUCAUGAAGGAACAGGGGAUUGUGUAUGAAUGUGUCCUUCAGAAGGAACUGACCCUUAUGGAUGUCACUCACAAGUGCUUCCUGGUUCAAGGGGAUUAUGCAUCACUGCAUUUCCCCACAAAAGAACAUGAAUGCCUGAAUAGCACUGCCACUCUCUGGGAUAUUCAUGGCCUCUCAUGGACGUUUGGAUGUUCAUAUUGGCACAUUACCCAGAGUUUUUUUCGAAUAGUGGCUGGGGAGACUUUCUCGAGAAGUAUAACCUGA